GAUGAUGAGCACGAACGGAUCGGAGCCGAACAAUCACGGUACCUGCAAAUCUGGUGCGUGAUGGCCGUGAUGCCUCGGCGCCGCCGCUUCAUAGCGCUGGUGCAGUUCGCCGUCGCAGUCUGGCUGGCGACCGCGAGCGGCUGCCUGUGCAGACGCGUCAUUUCGCCCUGCUUCAUUCCGCCCUGCGGCCACGUGCCGCCGUCGCCAACGCCGUCGACGCUACAGCCGCCGCCGCCACCCGCACUGACGCCGCCGCCACCGCCGGCGGGCAUCGCUCCUCCUCCUCCUCCGCGACACCAUCCAAUCUGUUUCCAUCCGUUCUGUCGUUGGCCGCCGAUCUGCCCGUACUGCGUGCCCGGCCACCACGUGCCGCCACCACCGCCGCCGCUGCAGCAGUCGCCGCCGCCAACACCGACGCCAUCGCCGCCGCCGCCGGCGGCGGGCACCCCUCCUCCUCCUCCGCCGCGACGCCACCCUUUCCCUCCGUGGAGACCGUGUAUCGGUCGUCUGUGUCCGCCGCGCCGCCCGCCGCCGUUCUGCACGUCUGAAGGCUGCUCCGGCCACAGCCGGCUGCCUUAACUUGAGUCAUAUCGUCCUGUCGAGAUUCCACGCAUGUCAUCUACUACUACUACGUAUACGGAUCGACGUGAUGAGGAAACCUAGGCAGCUGAUCUCUCACUCUUCAAGAAAAAAAAAGGAAUAAAGCGCGUUACUAGCGCCUCGUGGCGGGGCUCCCCGCCAUGUAUUGAGUCGCAGAGGCUAUACUACAUGUUUUUGAAUAUGAUCAAAACUUAUAAAAUUAAAGAAUAUGAAUAGAAGAGGAGUAAAUCUGCAAGAAUAAAGAUGUAUCACGCAAUGCAGUCGACGCAUCGCAAAGUCACACCUGUAUGAUUACCGGGCUUCAAAGAAAAUCUAGUUUGAGAUCCAACGUUUUGAAUCA